AUGUCUUUUCGAUUUGAUGAGCAAUCUUUCCAAGACGAUUCAUUUAAUAAAUUUAUGAAGUCGAUGUUGACUAAGGCCUUGAACUCAAGGAAAAAAAAUUCGGAUAGCAAUGGUGCAACUAAUGAAAGCAAUGAUGAUUCUGAUUUAUCUUGUAGAGAUGGAAGAGGUAAAGAAUCUAAAUUAGACCUUUUGAAGAAGGAGGUUACAGUCAGCAAGGUAGACUUUCCAAGUACUCCUCAUCUGGAAAUUCUCGAUCUGGAUUUAUGUGCUCAACAACCAAGGUCAAUAGCUAAGAGCAUUUGUAAAGUAUCUUUUAAAGAUGCAUUACUUCAAAUAGAAACUGAGAUAGAAGCAAAUUUAUCACUUUUAUCAACAAAUAGUUCCCCAAACUUUACAACUCCCCAUAUUACUUGUAAUGACAGUUUUCCGAUUCCAAUUACUAUAACGUUUACACAAAUCCAGUUAGAAGCAAUCACAAAUGUGUUCGUCAAGAAAAACGGUGUUGGGUUGUCAUUUAAUGACGUAUCUUUAGAUUUCAAGUUUGAUUGUUCGAUCAAAUUACUACAGCCAUAUCUGGCUAAAAGAUUAAAAAACACUAUGCAAUCAGUUUUUAAAGAUGUUUUACCGUCAAUUAUUUUCAAUAUGUCGAAAAGUUGGUUCAUUAGUGAUGAUAAAACCAAUGCAACAAAGAUUAAAAAUAAGCAGAGAAACUCAAAAAAUAAUACAACUAUAAACUUAGCUGAUGGUACUGAUGAUACUAAUGAAGUCAUGAACAUAUCAAAAAGAAAUAUGCUAACUAUCGAAUCUCAUCUGACAGAAUUAUCUCCAAUCAACAUGUUAAAACUCUCAACACUUACGUCGUCAAGACAAACAUUAUCACUACACUCCUUAACAUUCAAUUCAUUGUCUUCGAUUCCUAGUUGUUUAGAUAGACAAAACUACCAUUUGUUUAAUUCUAAAAUCCCUUCGUUGGCUACAAUAAAUACCGAUGUAAGUGAAAAAAAUGCAAAUGCAGUGAUUAAGAACAAAAAUUAUCUAUCUGAGGACAUAGUAAACAAUAAUGAGAUCGACUUACCUAAAAUAAUUUCUAUACAAAACACUUUAUUCGAAAGAGCUAGUAAUAAUGAACAAAUUAGGCCGAACAGAAGAAAGAUUAAAAUCAAAAGUUUCAAAUCAAGCAAAACAACAGCUAACAAAAAGAGUAAUAAUAUUCAAGAAAAAAAUACAAGUGAGUCAACAAAACAAACUUCCCAUGCAUCUAAUAUUGGUCUAAGUAUUCAUCAAUUAGCGCAACACGAACUUGCCGAAUUAGACCCAACGAUAACCCACACAUCGGAGCCAGUAACUCCAGUGGAUGGGUCUCACUUGAUGAAUGCUACUCAUAUUCCAUUUACAAAAGAACCAAUUGGCCACCAUGUUAAUAGUGAGAUUGAUGACGAGUAUGAGUUUUUCCGCCAUAAGCAAUUUACAAACAGAAUCGACUAUUUCUCAAGAAAGCCAGAAUUAUUCAAAAUACAUGCUUCUUUUGAUGAUAAAAAUACGAAUAAGAUUGCCCAUGAAGUAAUCGAUAAAGAGAACUUGAAUCUCAAUAGACUGCAUUGUACAGAAGCUACAGUUUCUCCAUUUUUUGAAAAAAAAGAGGUUUUAGCAUCGUUGGUCUGA